CUCCGACGUAUCAAUUUUCGCUGAAAGACUCUCAGUCGCAUCAGCCUGUCAACAGCACGGUCAUAAUGAUGGACAUCUCGAAACGGCGCAUUCGUAUUUCGAUAAUGAUGCCUGUAUCAUGAGGCUCGAACUCAGUUUGAGAUCGCCCGCGUUAUCAACGCACAGCACAACCACCCGAGAUGCCGUUUAACACGAUCAACUACAAUGAUAUGCCUCCAUCAUGCAACGGCAGUACCUGAGAACUGUUUGGACCAUGAUUUCUGUCCAGGUGCCUCAAAAAAUUGUAUAUGAACCCAUCAAGGCGCGAUUUUAUUGCAUCUCGCGACGCCUCGCUGUUCUACAAGACAAACUUAUUCGCCAUGAACGUCUCCGAGAUCAUCAACCCCUACACUCCCUAUGCUUACCUCCCUCGCGAUAUUGCAUUUGAGACCCGCGUUGCCACUUUCAUUCUUGUCGGUUCGUUAGGAGCUAUGGUGUGGGACGUUCUCAGUAACACAGUGAAUGAUUACAUCCUCAUAACAAAGACAAAAGUCAACCUGCCGGUCUACGUCUAUUUUUUUUCAAGGUUGGCAGCGAUGUCGUAUAUCGUGCUCAGCACGGCCUUCGAAACUGCACCUAUUGGCCAAGGUCGCUGCCAAGCACUUGAGCUCACGCUCGACGUUUGUUUUGCUCUGGCAGUGCCUGCAACCUGUCUUCUGUUCUUCUUUCGCAUCCGGGCCGUCUUCAGUGGGAAUCUGUAUGUUCAGGCAUUUUUCUUCGUGGUGUGGCUCAGCGUCGUCGCCGGGUCAUUCACCAUUAUCGAGGCGGUAAAGGCUACAAAUAUUGGCCCCACGCCGUACUGCCUAAAUGCAAGCCUGAAGGCGUACGUAUCCGCUGCUGGAAUCACUCCUCUCAUACACGACACACUUGUUUUCUUGGCAAUAUCAUUUCGGCUAGUGAUGAACGCUCAUGGAGACGACCGCCUUACGACUCGAGUCCGGACAUUCUGGUCAGGGAAAUAUCUCCCUGCAAUUUCGAAGGCUCUAUUGCAAGAUGGACAAGCAUAUUACAUAAUCACAGUAACAAGCAAUUUGCUCACAGUCAUCAUGGUUUACGUUUAUUCCGUGCCCGUGACAUACAGGACUAUGUUCACUGUCCCUAAUAUCUUUCUUACGAAUGCGAUGGCCUGCCGCGUCUUCCGUGGGACGAGACUGGGUUACGGAGGCAUCAUGACCCCUAGUGGCCAGAUGAGCUUGAAUCGCCGUGAGCCUAUCACGAAUUCAAUUCCACUCGCCUUGCAUCAUCGUGAUUCCCCAUCGCGGCACAUCCAGUCCACCUCUGACCAUGGUCUUAAUUCCGGAUCAUCUGAUAUCCGAAUCACCAAGACUGUCGCGGUGGAGGAAAUCCGUGACAUGGACUACAAGGUCUAGGCAUGUGUAGGCAUCAUACUGAUAACAUGGAUGUAACAAUGCUCAAGGCCGACUCGUGCGCUAGAGGGAGGAAGGGAUACAGUUUAUUGCAGCCCGGGCCUGUAGACGCUAUUCCUUGCUGCAGAUGUACCUUGUGAGCGUAUAUGGUUUUUGAUGAAGAUACUUACAUGC